AAUUUAAAUUUUGUACUAUUUUAAUUCAUUGCAGUUGUUGGUGCCGUAGAUGGUACUCAUUUAAUGCUGUUGAGGCCUAUUGAGAACGAGCAUAUAUACUUCAACAGGAAAGGAAAGCAUAGCAUAAACGCGAUGAUUAUAUGUGACCAUAAAUUAAGAAUAAAAGCUAUAUGCCCACAGUACGGAGGAGCUGCGCACGAUUCCUUUGUUUGGAAAGCCUCCAAUGAGAGGAAGGUAAUGGAGCGGCGCUAUAAUAAUGGAGAUACAAGUUCGUGGCUAUUAGGGGAUUCUGGAUACCCUCUUGAGCCAUGGCUUAUGACCCCGUAUCGAUUACGCGAAAAUGAGACCGACGUAGGCAAAUGUAUUUUCAACGACAUUCACAGUAAGGCUAGAAGCAUUGUCGAAAGAAGCAUUGGCGUAUACAAAGGCCGCUGGAGAAUAUUAUCGGACGAUAGAAAGCCAAGGUACAACCCAACAUUGGUUGCAAAAAUUGCAAACGUGUGCGCCGCUCUUCACAAUGUUUGCAUCGAUAGGAAUAUUCCAUAUCAAUUCAGCAACGAAAAUCUAACUCAAAGACAAGAAGGACUGUUAGAAUGUACACCAUGGACAUAA